GUCCAACUGAACUGCUUACCACUACCACCGCCAUGAAAUCGCCCACAGGAAAGUCGCCAACACGCUCAAACGUGCCGCCAGGCUUCAGGCCAACGCCGAAGCCGAAACACGACAUCGAGCACAUGACAGAUGUCCGUGAGCUCAACGAUCUCUACAACUUCAACCAACGCAUACUUUCUUCUCCGGACGCAUCCACAUCCUCAUACUUCCCCAGGAUAUCCGCCGAACAGCUGGCGAUCAAGUCCCGCCUAGUCGACCUGCAGGGCGUGGAGGCUAUCAACGCUAGCCUCAUGCGCACCAGCAUACGCAAUGACGAACUCGACGUGACGUCGCGCGCCAUUGAAGCGAAGCGCAAGGCCAUUUCCCGAUUUGCCAACAAUCAUGAGUCCUCUUCGUCUUCGCAUAGUCGCAAGGGUAUCGCCACCAUGGACUUCGAUGAAGCUGCAGAGCUACAGCGUCAAGCACAUGCGGCCGAAGCUCAGCGCCAACAAGAAGCGCAGGCCAGAAGGGAACGCAUGGGCGCGCCACCCAGGAGGGAUGAAAUCUUGACGAAGAAGGAGCGCGAGGCGCGAAUAUGGGCGUUCAUGAACCACAAACCCACUGACUCCGAUCUUGAAGACGAUUCAGACUACGACUCAGAAGACGAAGACCCCGCCACCUGGUUCGACGACGAUGAGGACAAUGGCGUAAAGGGUCAGACCAUCGUCGAGCCCGACGAAGAAGAUUGGACCGAUAUCAUCCGCGUCGAUACCCAGAGGAUGAACUAUAAUAUCAUCGAGCAUUGAAGUCCGCCGUCUAUCGAACAUGUAAUUCAAGUGUACAGUAUGUAUAUUACGACUGCAAGCCUCCCAACCCCCCUUGACAACUUGCGUCCAGUGCGCACGCCGAUCACAGUACGUGUGCGGACGCCAGGCUCAUCGCGACACGCAGGGCAACCCGAGCCUAAACGAGGCCACCCCACGCUGACUGUGCACCUUACGCGUGCUCUCAAUCACGCACACGUUCGCCUCGCGCAUCAAGGCGUGUAGACGAAGUACGGGUUAUUCUUGUCGGUCAGGUCCGCAAAUGCAUGUCGCUCGCGCUCGCGUUGCAUAUCGGCG